UAUAGUUACACUAACAUAGAGUCGGUACUUCUAUGUAUAAUCUGAACGUAAUUACAAAUAGCUGCUUAAUUCAAUGCAUUGGUAAUCUAAUAUUCUCCUGUAAAUAACAUGGAAUCAGGAUAUAUAAUAAGGGGUAAUGAAAGGAUUACCGCGAAAGAGAUACCAAAUUCGGAUGCAGCCUCAGAAUGCAUCUGUUACAGACCGCAUUCUAACAUCAUAUGCAACGGUUGUGGAUUUUGGACCAAAGGAAGAGUAAGAUACUGCUGUCCUCAACAUCCUAAGAUUGUUUUUCUACACGAUCAUGCUCAAUGUCCACGCUGCAGGAGCUACGACUUCAUGCUUACAGAGAUCUAAAGCAAACGUGUUUGUUUUUGUCAGAUUAGAGUUAAAGUUACAGAGACAUAUAAGAUUAAAUAUAAGUGAGAUAGAUAAAGAUUUAGUUAGACGGUGCCAAAUGAUUAAAUUAAAUAAAGCUUAUUACUGUUUUAUUAUAAUUAUACUGAAUAAGUGAGCUAGUGAAUAUGAAUAAUAUAACUGCCACAGACUUGUUUGGCAAGAAGACUGAGGUAUUUUCAUAUCUAUAACGAAUGAAAGGACACCUAUGGAUCUGUUUAGAGUCAGAACUGACAAAAUGUUUAAUAUUUGUUUUUUAUUUUUAUGUUUAUUUUUUUCAUAACACAGUAUUAGAAGUACUAGUAUAUUGUUACAACAUUAAUAAUAAAAGAUUUUGACGGUAACAUUAGAUGAGAACAAAUGAUAGAUUAUCGAAAUCAAUACUGUGUUUUUAAUGCUUUGUGUUCUGUUCUGAAAAAGUUGUCUUUUUUUAAUACUUUCGAAUAAAGUGCCUAUAUAUCAAAGAUCACACUUGUAAGAUUAACAGACAUAAAACAGCAUAAUCCUUACGCAUAUCCUAAGCAUAAUCCUUAAAUAUAAUGUCAAAACUGGUCAAAACAUCUAAUUUUUUUUUUACUGAAACUAUAGAGAUGUCACUUGAUAUGUAAUGUAUGUUAUUAGGACAACCAGCAAUGUUAAUUCACUUAUUUACUGUACCAUGAUACUGUACGUACCUAUAUAUCUUCAAGAGCUUUCAUAUAAACAAAAUCAUGUUUGAGGA